GGUAUAUAAAGUCUGUGUUCCAUCUCUGAGACAUCCUGUGACCAGAAACUGCUGCUGGAACAGACUCUUCAACUAACCAUCAGAACAAGAUGGCUGCCGGUCUUCUCUUCUCUCUGCUUCUUGGUCUGAGCUUUGGACUCUGGGAUGGAGCUGAUGCGGCUCAAAUGAAAGUUGCAAACUGCAAUCAAUGCUCUUCUGGUUGGACUUGGCACAACGGUCGAUGUUACGUGUUUAUGAACAUUAAAAUGUCCUGGUCUACAGCAGAGGGACUCUGCCUCACAUUGAAAGGACAUCUGACCUCAAUGCGCAGUACAAAUGAGUACCACUUCAUCAGAGACCUUAUCUACAGAAAAACUGGAACAAACACACGAACUUGGGUUGGAGGUCAUGAUUCACCAGAGGAUGGCAUCUGGUUUUGGAGUGAUGGCUCCAAGUUUUUGUUUCAUCAGUGGGGCCAGGAUCAGCCAAGCCAUACCGAUGGAAUUGAACACUGCGUCAACAUCAACAAUUUUGGACAAGACUUUGUGGAGGAUUCUGACUGUAACACGAAGCUUCCCUUCGUCUGUUCCAGAUCCCCAUAACCUUUCUCUUCUGAUGUCUAAUAAUCUGAACCGUAUGGCUUUCCUGCUGGUGAUGUCACUUCCACCUGGAUGUCAAGCCUCGAUGACAUCACUGCUGGAAGAACCUGAUUUCACUUCAUUUCUCACUUAAAUAAAUGUUUCCUCUCUCUGAAAUCUGAUUGAUUGAAAUAGAAAAUUUAAAAAGUGUCAAGAUUCUAAUUAAGCAGCAGCUAUAAACUAAUUGGUAAUAUUUCUAAAUCUCUGCUAUAAAUUUCUACUGAAAAUUAUCAGAGUAUCAGUGCAUUAGUAAAGUAAUAAAAAUCUAUGAAAUAUGAA